AUGUUCUAUUCAAAGCCUGCCUGGAUUACCUAUUUGUUAGCCUUGUUUGGCUUGGUUAUUUUCCUCAACUUGAUAUUCACUGGAAAUGGUGAAUUGUUUAGUCCCGGUCGUUUCCUCACAGACACUGACCCAUAUAUGUGGGCAUUGACUGGAACUGGCUUGACUGUUAGUCUGUCCGUUGUCGGUGCUGCAUGGGGCAUUUACAUUACUGGCUCUAGUUUGAUUGGUGCUGCGGUAAAGGCUCCUCGCAUUCGCACAAAGAACUUGAUCAGUAUUAUUUUCUGUGAAGUUGUUGCCAUUUACGGAGUUAUUAUUGCCAUUAUCUUCUCGUCCAAAUUCAACUAUGCAUCAACCAUCACUGGCACCGAGAUGGUGUGGUCACGAGCAUCUUACUUUUCUGGGUAUGCUCUCUUUUGGGCUGGCUUGACUGUUGGCGUUUCCAACUUGUUUUGUGGUAUCUGUGUCGGAAUUACAGGCUCAACUUGCGCCAUUGCCGAUGCUGCCGAUGCUCAGCUAUUUGUCAAGGUGCUCAUUAUUGAAAUUUUUGGAUCCAUCAUUGGUCUGUUUGGUCUUAUUAUUGGUCUAUUGAUCUCUGCAAAAGUACGCGACUUUGAAAUGGUGCCUGCGGUUUGA